UUCUUUUUCUGAAGUGUACCAUAAAGAUGCUUUGCAUGUGGAACAUGCAAAUUCAUAUCCUUAAUAACCUAGAGCCCAGAGGACACCAUCAGAGAGAAGACGCAGCAAAACACCUUCAGCUCUAGCUACAUUGCUGCAACCAUGAAGAGUACGAUAUUCUUUGUCUUCAUCUGUGCAGCUGUUGACGGUUCAGGAAAACACCAUUCUUUUCCUCAUAAAAUGACAUGGUUUGAGGCUCAGGCUUACUGUAGAGAGCAUCACACUGAUCUGUCCUUUGUUAGUAGCGAGAGAGAGCAAGAAAUGCUCCAAACUGCUGCAGGUGGAAGAUUCAGGGUUGGAUGGAUCGGUCUCCACCAAGAUGCCGUCAAGCGCUCUGUCUGGAAGUGGUCAGGAGGUGGAGACAGCACAUACUUUAACUGGGCUCCUGACCAACCAGAUGACUUCAAGGGAAUUGAGAAUGUUGUAAUUCUUAAAUCUGAUGGAAAAUGGAACGAUAGGAGACCAUCAAUUUUGCUGCCUUUUUACUGCUUCAGUUUAACCGCAGUGGAGGUGAAGAAGACCUGGGAGGGGGCUCUGGAGUACUGCAGAGAGACUCACACUGACCUCACCACCCUGCAGUCUGACACCGAGCAGCUCCUGACUCUGAGCGAGAUCCAGCACAAGCGCAUCACUGACAGGGUUUGGAUUGGCUUGCGUUUUCUUGGAGACCACUGGUUGUGGGUGAACGGUGACCCAAUGGUGUACGAGAACUGGCGCAAAGGAGAUCAGGAGCACCAGUGUCCUCUCAGGAAACGCUGCGGGGCUCUAACCAAAGAGGGACACUGGGAGAACUGGGACUGUGGGGAAGAACUCCACUUCAUCUGCUACUGAGAGAUUCAGCAUUUCAUAUUGGGUAAUACAGCUCUAACUGUAUGAUUUCUACAUCGAAUAGAAAUGUCUAGCAGAGAAAGAUGUUUUUUUUUCUUCUCUUAAAGAUUAUUGUGAAACUUAAUCUAAACUCAUUUUGCUGUUAUAAAGAAACAUUAUGAUGCUUUUAUAAUUCCUUUCUUAGAGGUUAGUUCCAUUCAGUCAUUCACGAGGUUGAAUGUCUGCGUCUGUCAUUUCUUAAGCACCAUACCUUCACUUGUUUUGUCAUUGUGUGCUAUACUCACUCUUUUAAGAUGUUAUUUAACAGGGGAGCCUUUGUAAUCCCGGUUUUGAGACUUGUAUGUUUGAAGUUUAAUUAAAUGUUUAAAGGAGCAGUCUGUAAGAUAUCUACUGAAUGAAAUGAUAAAGUGAGCUUACUAUAUGAUCAGACAUUAAUGA